AUGCAUCAGAACUCGCGCGUUCGCAAGACUCUCCUCGCUGGUCUUGGACACGGCCGACCUUCUGGCCCUUCCACCAGACCCCGCAACCACCAGCGCUCCUUCGCCGUCUCCUUCGCCGGGCCCAGUUCGCCUCCUACCCCUAUCGCCGGUUCAGAGGAGGACACGCUCUCGAACUCGAGCUCGAGGUCGAUCUCCACCGCCAAACGCGCCCCACCCAAGUCCAAAAUCGUUCAUCACUCCAAGGACGCCGACACCACGCAGCGCCUUCCCCCUAACCAGCGCCACGCCCAGUCCAUCGCCCGCGCGGCGCGCAGCAUGCACACGAUGCGCCAGCCCACAGGCACGAGUGGCCUGCACACCAUCUGCGAAGAACCGGAGCCCGCCUCGCCGUCGCCCGCCAUCCAGACCUCCUUCGACAUCUUCGACAUACCCGCCCACCUCGGCGCCUCACCCUUAUCUCUUCACCGCCUCGCCUCGCGCCGGCAACACCACCACCAGCAUACCCCUGCCGCACCCUCUCCCCUCUCGCAGCACUCUUCCUCUUCCUUGUCCCCCGCCACCCCGUCUUGCAGGGUCGGCGUCGGGCUCGGGCUCAUCCUCGACAGCCACAUCGCCAACAGCCCCCUGCGGCCUUCGCCCACGCACGCUCAUCACGCACACGCGCGGUCUCUCGGCUCGACGUCCACUUCGGCUUCGGUUUCGCCGGCGGCGGGACUUGGGAUUUACGUCAACGCGGGCGAACACGACAUGUCGCACAGCCUGGCGUCGCACUCGCGAACGCUGUUCGACGGGCCGAGCGGGUCCAAGCCGCGCAUCCUCUACACCGGUUGA